GAGGGAGCUUCGGUACUAUUACUCCUUGUAUUCAAACUCGAAAGUCCAAACCAUUAUCACUGCUUGUUCAAUUAGAAUCCUCAGAUUGAUCAACGUUGACAAGAUGGAGAUGGAACCUCCUCCUUCCACCACCACCCGCCACCGCCGCCAUCAACAAAUUCCGGACGAAAAACGACACCGUUCAAUCUUCGACUUACCACCAAACUUGUUUGAUUCGUGCCGCCUCCUCCAAUCUCCGUCAGCAUCUCCACUCGAAAACCUCUCAGUCAAAACCCUAACCCUAGACGAUGCAAACAUUGAUGACGAAUCCAAAAAUGAAAUAGAGAACACGGAGAGUUCGAGUAAUCGGAAUGAUGUGAAACAAAGGUUGUCUUGUAAUACUUGUAAGGCCGAGUUUGACUCUCUCCAGGAUCAGCGUUCUCACUUCAAAUCCGAUAUUCAUCGACUAAAUAUAAAGCUUAGCAUUUCUGGGAGAGACAUCAUAAAGGAGGAAGACUUUGAUGAGAUGACCUCUGAUUCCCUAUGUAAGGAUUAUGAUUUAUCAAGUAUUUCUGGAUCAGAUGAUGAAGAUCACAAAGAAUCUGGUCAGUCCAAUGAUAUGCAGCGAAGAAUAGUUGGAGAUAUAAAGAAUAAAAUAUAUUUAAAAUUGCAUAAUGCGGAGAUCCUUUCAUUGUGGAAGGGUUUACUCCUGAAUGAGUCACAGAGCAUUUUGUUUGAGAAAAAGAAGACGCUUGCUGCAGAUGAUAUCAGGAACAGGAUUUAUUUGACAGAAAAUGAAGUGAUUGAGAAGUUGAAGUAUUUGAUCCAUGAACCAAGGGAUAAUACCCGUUUGAGGAUCGUGUUGCUUGCAAGAGGUGGGCAUUUUGCAGGCUGUGUUUUUGAUGGUACCACAGUUGUGGCACAUAAGACAUUCCACAGAUAUGUUAUACGGGCUAAGGCUGGUAAGAAACAAUCAUCAAAAGAUGCAAGUGGCAAGAUGGCGCACUCUGCUGGAGCAUCAAUUCGUCGGCAUAAUGAACUUGCUCUUAAAAAGGAAAUCCAAGAUUUGCUCACUGCAUGGAAGCCUUACUUUGCUGUUUCGUCCUGUAUCUUCAUAUGUGCUCCCUCUGACAACCGGCAACUGUUUUUUGACGGAGAUCGACCAUAUUUUGAUUGUCAGCUUAAUGCUAUUAGAAAUAUUCCUUUGACUGUUCGAAGACCUACCUAUAAAGAAGCUAGACGGAUAUAUGGCUUAUUGACUCAAGUAUCCUUCGAAGUAAAUGAGGAAAUUGCACCGAAUUGUGAAGAGGUAAGUGCAAGUGGUUUGAGCAGCAAGUGUGAUAUGUCCAUGGAGGUUUUGAAGGAAAAUUUGGAGACUAAGGAAAUUACCAAAGAAUGUUCUAUUGUUAUGCCAUCUCCCAAUGCGAUCAUAUCAAGUGAGAGUGAGAGUGAUAAUGACACCGUUGGUACAUCCACUCCUUUACAUGAAGCAGCAAAGUGUGGGGAUUGUGAAAAGGUUUUUGAACUUCUAGAACAGGGUAUGGAUCCUUGUCUCAAGGACGAGAGAGGAAAAACUCCAUAUAUGCUUGCAAGUGAAAAAGAAGUGAGAAACACUUUUAGGCGCUUCAUGGCAUCAAACCUUGACAAGUGGGAUUGGCAUGCUGCUAAGGUUCCUAGCGCAUUGACUAAAGAAAUGGAGGAAACACAAGCUGCCAAACAGGCUGAAAAAGACGCAAAGAAGAAAGCUAGGGCAAAAGAGUUGAAGAAAUUGCGGAAAGCAAGGCAAAAAAAGGCUGAGGCUGAGGCUGCUCAAGUCCAGACUGCUCCAUCUAAAUCUGAGAGAGGAACGGGUGCUUCAGCUCUUAAAGGAAAAUCUCAGUCUACUCUUUCAGCAAAAAUAUCUAAAGAGGAGGAACUGAAUAGGGCUCAUGAUGCUGAAAGGGAAAAAAGAGCAGCUGCGGCUGAGAGAAGAUUAGCUGCUGCCGCAGCCCUCAAAGCUCAAGGUACCGGCUCAGUUUCCGCUCCGGGUGGCUCAGGAACUGACAUUCUAUGUUCUUGCUGUAACGGGUCAUUGGCUGGCAAGGUUCCCUUUCACAGAUAUAAUUACAAGUAUUGCAGCAGUGCAUGCAUGCACGUGCAUAAAGAGGUCCUUGAGGACGGAUAAGGGAAAUUUCCAUGUUGAAGUUGUUCAUAACUCGAGCUCCAUCUAUACCGUCCACUUUGCUUUCUAACCAUAUGACAGGGUGCGGAGGGGGGUGGGAGGUGGUGAGAGAAUGGUCUUUUGGUAUGAUCCUUCGGAGGAAACACACGGCUAUCACCUCAGAGAAAACAACUGCAACAUCCAUGUUAUUAUUAUUACUAGUAUUAUUUAUUAUUUUUUUGGGGAAGAGGUCCUGAAUGAGAAAUGAAGGAUUUGGUGAGAAUUUUGCAACUGUGUAAUAUUAGGGAGGAGAUCAAUAACUGAGUCACUACUUCCAAAUAA